GCACGCGUACCUGUUCCACAAAGCUCCACUGCGGAAAGCGCUCGAGACUUAGAAAAUAAAAAAUAACAGAAAUAUUAAGGUGAAAAAUCCAUGUGGUUUUUGUAUUUCAACUGAAUCCCUGAACGUUUUUUUUUUUCCUGGUUAAUCUCUGUAAGGAAUGGACACGGUAAACACAAGGACACUGGUGGAAUUACGCCGUUAAGAGCGCUGAACUUGACGGAUUUGUUUAUAAAGAAAGAUCAAGGUUAUGCGAUGAAGACUGAGGACACGGUUUAAUUUCCUGACUGGUACUUUGGAAAUGUAUAAUGAGGAUAUUAGAACAUUGAAUACUUAAGCUCCUGUCAAGGUGGUUCGCCGAAGGUCUGAAAAUAUGCGCCGACAAACGCGCCUUCUCUGUGAGGAAAUCUUCGUGGAUAACAUUCACAAGACAUCGGUCAGUUUCACAGAUGGCACAUUUCAAUCACGGAGAGGCUUCUUCACUGACACCUCGUGACACGCAAGAAUACAAGAAAGUCAGGUGGAAUUGCAAUGAUAUGGGGGGGCUGAAGCCAGGAAUGAUGGGAGCUGUAGUCUGGUUGAUGGUCUUAUGGGGUUUGCUGGGUUGGUCGGAGGCUGCAGAGAAGCCUCCUUCCCUGAGUGUAGCUGUGAUAUUGGGCCAGACCCCCACCGUAUCUGAAUCAGCCCUGCGUCCGGCUCGUGGGAUAGGUGCGCCUCUGGAUGUGACAGUUCUCAGUAUCCAGGUGAACCAGACGGACCCAGGAAGCAUGCUUACACACCUGUGUGAGCUCAUGUCCCGACAGAGGCUGCACGGGCUGGUCUAUGGAGAUGGCACGGACCAGGAAGCUGUGGCACAGAUGCUGGACUUUGUUUCCUCUCAGACUUCCAUGCCCAUUCUUGGAAUCCAUGGUGGCUCUGCUAUGACAAUGGCUGAAAAGGAUGUCAGUUCUUCGUUUUUCCAGUUUGGGGCCUCCCUCCAGCAGGAGGCGUUGUUGAUGCUUUCUAUAAUGGAGGAGUAUGACUGGCACAUCUUCUCGGUGGUCACCACCAAGUUCCCAGGUUUCCAGGAGUUCAUAGCCACCAUUCGUGCCACGGUGGACCAAAGCUUCAUUCGUUGGGACCUUCAGAGCGUAGUGACGCUGGACGGUGUUGGCGAACCUGAGGACCGUGCCCACGUGCAGCUUAAACGCAUCCAGUCACCCGUCAUCCUCCUCUACUGCUCCAAAAACGAAGCAGCGCUGGUUAUGGAGGAAGCCCGUUCACUAGGGCUCACUGGGGCUGGCUUUGUGUGGAUUGUUCCUAGUCUGCCGACAGGAAAUCUUGAACGAACCCCAGAAGCCUUUCCGAUGGGGAUGAUAUCUGUGGCAUAUGAUGAAUGGGAUUAUCCCCUGGAGACGCGUGUGCAGGACGCUGUAGGAAUUAUCAGUUCUGCAGCCGCUGCCAUGUUCAGAGAGGAAGGUCGGAUACCUGACGGAACGGCAAGCUGCUACGGCCAGUCAGAGAAGCUGGAGGUGCCGCCAAGUGCUCUGCGAAGAUAUAUGAUGGGAGUCAAUCUAGGGGGUAGAGAUCAUUCAUUCAUGGAUGAUGGCUACCAAGUCAAUCCCAAACUGGUUGUCAUUGUUCUGAACACAAAGAGGGAAUGGGAGAAGAUGGGGCGAUGGGAAAACCACACCUUGAAGUUGAAGUUUCCAGUUUGGCCACGUUAUAACUCAUUCGGGGACAUAGACGCUGAUGAGAACCACUUGAGCAUUGUGACUCUAGAGGAAAGACCCUUUGUAAUAGUGGAUGAUGUGGACAUUCUUACUGGCACAUGCAUGCGGAACUCUGUACCUUGCAGGAAACACAUUAAAAAUAAUACCACGGAGGGUUCCUAUAUCAAGCAGUGCUGCAAGGGCUUUUGCAUAGACAUCCUAAAGAAGAUUGCCAGAAAUGUAAAGUUCACCUAUGAUCUUUACCUGGUCACAAAUGGCAAACAUGGCAAGAAGAUCAAUAACAUGUGGAACGGCAUGGUGGGGGAGGUAGUCUAUAAAAAGGCUGUAAUGGCUGUGGGCUCAUUGACCAUAAAUGAAGAGCGGUCAGAGGCCAUAGACUUUUCUGUCCCAUUUGUCGAGACAGGCAUCAGCGUAAUGGUGUCACGGAGCAAUGGAACGGUGUCGCCCUCUGCGUUUCUAGAACCCUUCAGUGCUUCAGUGUGGGUUAUGAUGUUUGUCAUGUUACUCAUCGUCACAGCAAUCGCUGUUUUCCUCUUUGAAUUCAUCAGUCCACUCGGUUUCAAUAGAAACCUUGCACAGGGCAAAGACCCUCAUGGACCCUCCUUCACCAUUGGUAAGGCUGUGUGGCUGCUGUGGGGUCUGGUGUUCAACAAUUCCGUUCCGGUACAGAACCCCAGGGGCACUACCAGUAAAUUUAUUGUGUCCGUAUGGGCCUUUUUCGCUGUGAUAUUCCUGGCCAGCUACACUGCCAACUUAGCUGCCUUUAUGAUCCAAGAGGAGUUUGUGGAUCAAGUCACAGGCCUCAGUGACAGAAAGUUUCAGAGUCCCUAUUCUUAUUCACCACCGUUUCGCUUCGGGACCGUGCCUAAUGGGAGCACAGAGCGAAACAUCAGGAAAAACUACCCAGAUAUGCACCAAUACAUGGUGAAAUACCAUCAGACUGGAGUUCAGGAUGCACUGGUCAGCCUCAAGACAGGUAAACUGGAUGCUUUCAUAUAUGAUGCUGCUGUGCUCAACUAUAUGGCGGGGCGUGAUGAUGGCUGUAAGCUAGUAACUAUUGGCAGUGGCUACGUCUUUGCCACAACAGGAUAUGGCAUUGCCCUGCAGAAAGGAUCCUACUGGAAACGUCUGGUUGACCUUGCUAUCCUCGGGAUCAUUGGAGAUGGUGAGAUGGAAGAGCUGGAGGCCCAGUGGCUGACUGGUAUCUGUCAUAAUGAGAAGAAUGAAGUGAUGAGCAGUCAGCUGGAUGUGGAUAAUAUGGCUGGUGUGUUCUAUAUGCUUGCGGCUGCCAUGACUCUGUCGCUAAUUACUUUUGUCUGGGAGCACCUCUUCUACUGGAGGCUACGUUACUGUUUCACUGGUCUCUGUUCUGGUCGGCCAGGAAUGCUCUUCACUAUCAGCAGGGGGAUUUGGAGCUGUAUUCACGGUGUCCAUAUUGAGAUGAAGAAAGCCCCAGAGUUGGGCUUCAGUCCUCAGGCCAACAUGUUACACCUUCUGAAAACAGCUAAAGAGAUCACCACCCUUGGAGUUACCUCUCCCAAACGUCCCGUGAGUAGCAUUCUGGGUCCUACCACGGGCUUGAUGGAACUUAUGGAUGGAGCAAAAGGCAACAACCUUGCCCAGAAAAACACACCGUACAGCAAUACCAGCUCAAUGCUCAGCAACCGUCACAAAGAGCCACUUAACAACACUCUGUUGCCAGGGCAACGUGCCCUAAGCUUGACGGAUGCUCAGCCAGGUGUUGCUGGAAAUGGUGGCUCAGUAGGUGGAGGUGAGACCACUCGACCACCAGCCUCCAAGCCACGUGCUCUCUGGAAGAAGUCUGUGGAAACUCUACAGAAGAACCAAGGACCUGGGGAUAAUUCCCCACCAUCUGUCCAGCAGCCUACCGAGACCCUACCUAUGAAGAGCCAGCGCUACCUGCCUGAAGAUGCACCUGCCCGCUCAGAUAUAUCAGAUUGCUCCAGUCGGGUGGACUUGCAAAAGCAGCACAAGUUAAAAGAAACACUUCGGAAACGGAACCGCCUACCGCGGGAUCUGAGCGAUGUGGAGAUUUCAACUCUCCGGAGCCAGCCCAGUCAGCAAAGUAACCACAGUGCUCAGAUCUACUCUCAGAGCAGCCAGGGAAGUCAGAUUUAUACCAUUGACUCCAUUGAUCAGGAGUAUGGGCUGCACUACCCAGAUAUUUUCAAUGAUCACAAUGACAAUAAGCACCGGCCAUCCUCUUCCUCCGAGCAGCAGCCAAUCCUGCAGCUCAACAGCAGUCUGCUGUCCCAGGCCCAUGAACCAGAAGUGAUGCAAACCACCAUUGCAAAGGAUAAGAAAUACAACACAUGCGGAAAGCCCGGCGGGGCAGGGAGCAUCACCGGUGGGUCUGGUUCUACUCAGGAUCCACGACAGACACACUGCCGUAGCUGCCUGUCGAAAUUGUCCAGUUACUCUGGGCUUUACACUGUACGGUCUCCUCAGUAUCGCUGUGAUGCCUGCCUGCACUCUGGAAACCUGUAUGACAUAAGCGAAGAUCAAUUCCUUCAUCCAAAUGGACGGGGCACUGGAGGCGGAAGUGUUGACAGGGCCUUCUCUCCUUUUCUCCCUCAGCCUGAUGCUUCCUUCACAGCCUAUCUUCCCCAGAGUGACCAAGAAGGCGAUGGUCUUAUUAGUCACUACCAGAAUGAGGGUGUAAUCAUCCGUCAGCACUCAUAUGAGAAUCUGCCCCAGAAGAGUUCGUCACGGCGGGUCAGUCUGCAGGACAACACACCAUACGCUAAUGUUCCCUCGGCGACUCUGAUCCCGGACAAGCCCCCCAAAAAUCAGUCUGUCCACCUAAACAACACGCUUGCGGGGGUGGGUGUCAGCGGACUCGGAAUUGGGCGUCGCAGCAAGUCAAUGUAUCCGGCACGUCCAACGGACAACCCAUUUCUCCAGACGCUUCGUGACGACCAGCGUCUAGCUCACGGGCGCAGCUCCACAGACAUUUAUAAGCAGCUUGUGCCACUCACAUUAGGGCAGGCUGAAUGCAAUGUGCUCGGCGUGAGGAUGCCGACCCCUGAACUCUAUUAUUCCGAGCAUGUCAUGCCUUAUGUAGCCCCUCCCCCUGUCGCCACAUACGCCGCUCCCAGGGCAUUGAGCGCUGGGGGAGCUCGGCGUGUCUACAAGAGGAUGCCAAGCAUUGAAUCUGACGUCUGAUAGAGAUCGGAGGUCUGAUAGAGAGAUCAGGAAGACUAUAAAAAGACAUGCAUGGAUAUUUCCACCAGGAUAUGGCUUAAUCGUGGAACUCUUGGAUGGAUUGUAAAGCUUUUUAAAUAUAAGGCAAGCAAGUCUGGAAUAUAUUUUGUUUCCCUUCUUGGACUUAUCUGUCUGAACAGAAAUCAGAGUUCAACUUUACAUCAGGUCCCCCCCUCUAGUCGAGCGGCAGCUCUGUGUCUUCCAGAAAACAAAAAAUGGUGGGCAGGACGCUCUUGCGCCUUUGAACGAAGGAAGUACAGGGGCAGCUCCAAAGAGUUUCCUUUUUAACACAACACAAGCAACCAAAAAAUUGAAUAUAUGUAAACAUACGUGAAUAACCACAUUCUGCACUUUUACACACAAAAAUACACAUGCACAUGCAAGAGGCACAAACAAAACAUGAUCUCAAACUACUGAAAGGACGACAUUAGGUAUGACUUGACCAAAAAAAAGGAAAACCAUAUAUAAUGUAAUAGCAUAAAUAACAGGCUAUGAAUCUCAUGCUCUGAAAUAAAUAAUUGUUUAGCAGAUCCGAACCUGAUUUGAGUUUUUGGAAAGGCAGCAGAACAUCUGUUACACUGUUUAAACGGCUUAUAAAUGCAUGUAUGAAUGCAUUUUGAUGUAAAAGCUGCAAUGAGGCAUGGUCCUCAAAGACUGUUCAGAGUUCAAAGAUAAGAUUUCCAUUCCAGUCUGAACUGUGACAAAAUGCACUACCUGUAUGAUUAGUCUCGAGUGUAAUCUCUGAAAUCAAGUAUGUUGGGGAAUUUCAGAGAAGGUGAACUCGAUGCUCACAAGACCCACGACUCAUUCAUGUCUCUGACGACACCAAGUGGAAAAAGUCUUUGACCCUCCCACCCUUGAAUGUGUCAAAUGCAGGAAGACACUCCUCUGCUAACAGCACAACAGUGUAGUAAGUGUCAGUGUUCAUUCAUUAUUAAUCUAAAUUCUUGAGCAUAUUUCUAUAGUUGUCUAGAAUAUUGAAAAAAGUAAUAGUCAAUUUAUACACAGUUUUAUACACUACCAAAUAUUUGCAAAAGGUGUGCAAAUAUGUUUAUUGUGUUAUAGAAAAGAAGACAGCAGGAAAAGAAAUUAAGGGAAGUGAUAGAAAAAUAGGUAUACUGUAUUUUUCGUGGUCAUAAGGGACUCAGAGAAGGCAGAGUAAAUGUAAAAGCCCACACCAACUAAUGAUGUCGAUACAGAACCACCGAAAUACAAAAUAUUCCUGAUUGCCUCGAACACACAAACACAUCACUUCCUGUAGAAUCCAACCACACACUCAUACUUCACAAAAGUGUUUGGUUGUUUUGAAUAUAAUGGUCGUUCCAGCGAUAUGCACAAUAUCAGGUUGCAAUAUUAUAUUUAUGUAUGAAAUUUCCUAGUUUUAAUAUGUUUAAUUAUUAGUUCCUUUCAUUUUAUGAAUUGUUAUACAUGUGGAAUUAAUUUAUUAAUGUGAUUUAAUUGCGUACAUAUUUAAAAGAUAACAGCAUGUUAAUCUUCUCUAUGGUCAAACAUUUAGAAUUGUUCUUUUUGAUUUUGAUGUGAAUGGGAGUAUAUGUUUACAGUGAAGGUGAAAAUAUGGAUUCAUCUCAGAUGUGAUUUUGAUUCUCAUUUGAAUACAAACAUAAAACUGUUGUAUGACCAAAUGUUAACUGGAUCACCGUUCUUUACUGUGAUUUCAGUGCUGUGUCUGAAACGAAGUGACAUUAACAUUUCAGGGUAUAUACCAGGUUUUAGCCUCACCACACGAACAUGGUUUGACAAUAAUAAAGAAUAUAUUGUGAAGAGAAGCAUUUUUCAUAAGGUCAGUCUGACAGAUGCUACACGUCUGCCUCUAACCAUUUCCAUUCUGCAUCUGGAUAGGCGUUCUUGUGUUUACACUCUCAAGAAUAUUCAAAUCAGCUGUUUGUUUUUAACCUCCUUAAUGUCUACGGAAUACUAGCAUAUUCAUAUUUCAUAUAAGCCUCUAUGGAAAAGUCCACGUCUAUGUGCAUAAACAUCUCACUUGAAUGUAGACAACAACAUCCAGACAACGUAGGAUUUUAAUGUCAAGAGUAGAUGGGUUGUGAUUAGAUUGUAGUGGUUUACACAACCAGUAUGCAGUUGUAUUUACAGGUAGAUUUUGAAUAAAUCUAUUUGCACAUUGAUAUGUUUUACAUCAUUCAGAUCCCGUCCAUUAUGCAAAUUUAGACCAAUUUACACUUGCUUGAUCCACUGCUAGAAUUCAUUAUAUUAAAAUAGUGUAAUAAAAUACUGUAAUAAUGCAUCAUUUGACAUUGACAUCAAUGACAUUUACUCACUUGUUUUGUUCUGAGGAGUUGAGAAGCAUCUCAUCCCACUCAGAAGCAGUUCAGAGUCGUGGCGUAAGGGACACAAUGUCUCUGUUCCCUCCAUCAGGAAAUGAGGGUUACGAUAUGUAACCGAACAAUCACUUUCAGUCGGUCACUUCAACGUUGCGUCAAAGUUCAGAUUCUAGGGGUCCCUAUACCA